AUGAGCAGCAAGCCGCUGCCCAGGGCCGCUGCCGGAGCAAAUGGCCUUCCUAAACAAAGGGCUGGUCUCACAAGUAUAGAUGCCCCUCGUCGACCAAACACACCAAGCAAUGUCUUUGCUUCUCUCAAGGCUACUCAGAUUCUGACUCUGAAGCCUGUCCUACCUGCUGAACUCAUCGCUACCAUCCUCGACUACCUCCCCGUAUCCGACCUGAUAACAUGCGCCAGAGUAUCGAAGCGUCUGCAAGAGAUGGUCUACGAUGACACGAGAUGGGUUGCUAGAUUGAAAGACAUGGGCGUGUGGAACGAAACGGAAGCACGACAACGAUACGAGGAAUCAAAAAAGAGACUCAGUGGCCGCCCACAAGCCGAUCGGAGCCUGACCAUAUUCGACGCACACGACGAGCAAGAGAAAGUACGGAAAUCGCUAGAACAGGCUGUUGCCCCCAGGAGGCCGAGGCAUAGCAGUGUGACUGAUGGCUUUGACGAUCUGACUGUAUCCCAAAAUCCUACUUUCGACGCAAAAGCUGCCACCACCGCUCUGCGUAAGGUUCGCUCCGUCCGCGGUCAUGCUAGACAAGAGUACGGCAGAGUUCAUGGUGCUUUGGGUCCUUUCUACUACGAUCUGGUUCGCUCAGAAAACUCGUCCGACCCAGCCGUCUUUCGUCUCGUCCAGGACUCUGAACAGCAAGCUCGCAUUCUUGCUGACUUGAGAGUCUUUGCACGAAGCGAUAGUGCUCAGAAAUGGCGCCAACGGCAGGACAAGCUUGAUUCUAUGCUUGGUAUCUUUGAGAACGCCAUGAUCAACGAAUUCCAACAGGCGUAUCAAGCUCAAGAUGUUGAUCGCAUGAGACGCUAUGCUCACGUUUUGGUCUCCUUGAACGGAGGUGCCGCUGGCGUCGACAUUUUCAUUUCGAACCAUCCUUAUAUGCGCCAAAGAAAUCAAGUCGGCAACCCUCUAGAUUGCUUGCAAGACGUGGCUCCUGGACACGUGGAUCUCAACCCUGCACAGAGAUUCUUCGAGAAACUGGCAUCCAUGUUAUCCAUGCAAUCGUCCAUUAUCGAUCAAGUCUUUCCAAGCUCCGUUAGUGUCCUUCUUCCCUUCACGACCCGCGUUUGUGAAGACAUAGUCUCAGACUAUAUAACAACCCUGUUUAUCGAAGCACACGAGAACAGUGUAGAAGUUUACCUUAAGGCAGUGGCUGGAGUAUUCGAGCAAGCCAUGCGCUUUGCGGUCUCCAUUCAACCACCAAAAGCAUCCGGCACAGAUUUUCACGAUCAGAUCAAGAGCAUCAUUUCACACAUUUUCGAGCCGCAUGUGGACCGUUUCCUCACAGAGGAGCUCGAGUACUUCACCAAUAGAUGCAAUGAUGAAGUUGGUGCUUGGGAAAAAGAACUUUCGGAGCAAGAAGCAAAGACUGAGUCCUUCUUCAUGUCAGGCAUAAACAGACAAGCCGCGAAGCGCGAUUUCUUGUCUUCGUUCAAGAAGGUUGUUAUGAUGCCUGUGAAUGCUCUACCUACCUUUCCUUCUGCGAACAAGGCUACACCAAUAGCUGAGGUCCCUACUCCAGACCAGACCUCACGGCCAGAAACACCGGAUACUCCAGCGACACCAAGGCCGGCUCCGACGACAGAGUUGGCAGCCAAAACCGCCAUCAUGAACUCACGACUUGAGGGCAUCAAGUCUCUAUUCAGCAUCGAGGUAGCGCUGAGCUUGAUUCAUCAUGCAAAAGCGUCGAUUGAGCGAGCUGCCAUCUUCAUCCGAAUGGGCGAUAAAUAUGCUACCUUAACAAAAGAGCAGUGUGACAAGAUCUUCGUCAGCCUGUUAGAGAUUCUCGGACGCCGGCAUAUCCAGAACGGCUUUGACAAGGCAGUAGGUCAUCUGAGCAGCUACAACCCGCGCGACGUCAAAGAGUUCCGCUCAGAACAGACGGCAGGAGCGACUGCUGGAGUCGAGCCCCUCGUUACCUUCCUCGAGCUUGUCAAUGUCGGAGACUUGAUUCAACAGAUGGUCGAUGUCUUUUACGUGCAAGAAUUAGUCACACCGGGCCUCACCGACCGCGACGAUUUCCUUAAUCCAGCCGUGAAGGAAAAGAAACGCUUCGAGCAAAUGCUAGAUGAGCGAGUAGCAGCAGGCAUGGGCAAAGGCAUCGAUGUCCUGAUGGACGAGGUCGAAUACACGUGUGCAACACUCCAACUCACCGCCGAUUUCAACACCGAUGCCGUGGACGCCAAAAACUUGACAGGAGUUGAUAAGCGCGCUAGCAUGAUGGGUCUAGUCGAUAUUGGACCCACGGAAACCGCUAAGCGUGUAGUCGACACCAUUCAGCAACACACAGGCAUGUUGGUCGGCAGCACGGACAAGAACAUGCUGGAUGUGUUCAACCAAGAAGUCGGGUUGAGACUGUUCGGAGUGCUGUGCAAGCAUAUAAAACGCCAACGCAUCAGUGCUGAUGGAGCGAUAAAGCUGAUCAGCGACAUCAACCUUUACAGUUCCUUCAUAACCACUCUCCGUCAAAAAUCCCUAUUACCCUACUACUCAGCUCUGCGCGAGCUCUCUCAGAUCUACCUGGAAUUGGCUACCAUUAUUGCGGAUAACGAUAGAUAUCAUGGCAUCUUCCGCGCUGAAGAGGUGUACGAAUUUGCGGAGAGGAGGGCAGAUUGGUAUGCUGUGAGAAGGGACGUGGAGAGGGCUAUGUAUGGUAUUGGAUGUUUGAUCAUGUAA